AUGCCACGUUGUGCCAUCUAGUGGUUUAAAUGCAGAUAAUGUAAAAGGCGCCUGUUACCCCGGGGCGCCUUUAGUACCGUUGUACCCGUUUUUUUUUUUUAAUUUGUGGUGAAACCACGGUUAAUUUUCGUUAGGGCUCACUGCAGGCCAAAAUGGAAUGUUUAACUGAACGCGGAUGACUACUACACAUACUCAAGUAUGUAAUAUGUAUGAAGUAGUGCUGGGUCGUUCUUGAACGAUUCGUUCAUUUUAAAUGAAUCUUUAACGUGACUCGGAAUGACGAGUCGUCUCAGCAAGGAAUUCGUUCAUUUGGUGUUGACCGCCCAUGCGAAGGUAGUCUAACGUUACAGUCUCACUGUGAGGACUUCAGAACUUCGUCUCUAGAACUCCUCCGAGAGCCACUUCACCAGCAUUUAGACAACAUUUGAAUAACAACAAUAAUAAUAAUAAUGAUUAUUUAUUUGCAACAAGGCGAUGCUCACUUCCGUUUGGAAUAUUCCCCUCGUGUUUGGUGUGUCCAUGGAAACAGAGCUCUAGACGAUCAGCUGCUUCAACUGCUCUGCUGCUUUAAGGAUGAGUGAACUUGGUAAAUACAGCGACAAAGUACUCAUUGGUAACUGGGCGGAGGAGAGAUUACAUUUCACUCAGGACUGCGAGACGGCGAUCAGCAGCUACAUGAUGGACUACAAGCCCCACAGGUCACACAGGCCCAAUGUUGUCACGUGCAAAAGGGCUCUUUGCAGCUCAGAGGGUCUUCCCUUAAGGCAGUUAUUUUCUCAUCAUGACGUCCCCUCCUCCCACUGUCUGGUGACACUCUAUGAUGAGUCGUACGGGCGGCAGGCCUCCUCCUCUCUGCCCGCACUGCACUCCUGGAACCCUUUCAAACUGGCUGGGGUCCCAGAGAGGUCAGAUCACCCAAUCCAAGGCCCUCCUACUAAUUUUGGCUUGGCAGAGUCUUGGCGGGCUCGUAUGAAACAACAGCGGGCAGAUGUGCCCACACUAAGCGAGUAUAGGGCUUCAUACCCUCUGCACCCCAUCAGCGCCUUCUGUUAUUCUCGCCACAUCAGCAUGCCCAAGCGCUUCUCCAGCAGUCAGCACCCUGCCAAGCACAGCAACGAGGACCUGGCACUGAAACACAGACCCUGCAGGCAGGUCUCCACUAAUUCAGCUCGCCUGCUGUGACCCUUGCCCUUUGUUUCAACACCUUCAACCCUCCAGUACCACACAGACUGGCCUCAGCCUGGAGAGAGGGCUUGGAAUACCUUGUUUUACUGAUAAAUGGCACUUAAAACAAAAGGAACAGGAGCAUUCCACUGUGUUUGCAGAAAGUCACAUAAAAGAUAUACACUGCAAUGUGGUCUAAAAGUCUGAUAUCACUAGUCCAAAUACUUUUAGCAUUUAAUGCACUAGUUUUAUAUUACAUCAUAUUAUCAGCACUUUAUUUAAAGUGAAAAGCAGCAACUGACAGCAGUACUUGAACUGCAUGAACUCCACAAGUGUGUGUAAAACCUGAUGAUCAUGUUGUCCAGCAUGAUU